UGCAGUUUUCAACGUUUUCUAGAUAUAAUACAACUCUGUGUAAUACAUACUUUUUAAGGUGCCAUGAUGGCAGGUUGUGUAUUAUAGGAAUAAGCUGGAUUAAAUUUAAACGGAAAAGUGUUUUAUCUCAAGAUCAGAACGUUUCAAUCAGUUUUAAUUUGAAAGUUGAUAAAUGUUAUCAGUUGAAUCAUAUAUGUGUUACACCAGAUUUCGUUUUAGAAACAUAAUUAUUAAAAUGAAGAAAACAACACAUAUUUGGUUACUAGUGAGCUGUAUGACUGUUAUGUAUGUUUUUGUUUACAAAAUCAGAGGUCAACAUGAUGGUUUUAAAUGGAGUUAUACAGAACCUUAUCUCACUGAACAAAAUUCACAUCGGCUUAUUCAAAAAAAGCAUAUUGACUCAGAAGAGAGACAGCAUGAAAAGGAAGCCAUAGUAAAAGAAGAAAAUCAAGUUCAAAUGAACAUAAAUGUUACAUCGAAAACAAACGCUGACAUGCGACACCAUCAUGAAAUCUACAGCUCCGACAAAAACAUAGUCCAACGACUACAGCUAAUAAAAUAUAAAUGUAAACAUUACUUCAAAAGCAAACAGCUUGAUCAAUCUUCUGUGAUUUCCAAAGGAACUAUUUUUGCUAUUCCUACAAAAAUUAAUUACUGUGAAACUCCGAAAGUCGGAUGUACAUUUUGGAAGUCUAUACUGCGGUUUAUAGCUAGAGAUUAUCCAAAGGGUAGACAGCCCCGAAAACCUACCGAUAUAGACCGAUGGUAUGUUCAUUUUGGAAAUUGGGAUCAUAUCAAAAAAUACAGUGAUCUGAAUGAAGCUCUUGAAAGUGGACAUUUAUUAAAUGGAUAUAACUUCAUGUUUGCACGUGAGCCGUACUCGAGGCUUUGGUCAGCGUACCUUGACAAAUUCUAUUUACCUGAUUUUUGGGCAACAAUGAGUAAAAAAAUAAGGCCUGUUGAUAAAAGUAAAUGCGCUCAUGACGUUACAUUCAAAGAAUUUUUGUCAUUCAUUGUCAAAGAUUCUAUACAUUUGGAUAGACAUUGGACUCCGUUACAUCGACUGUGCAGUCCCUGUCAUGUAAACUAUGACGCAAUUGGUAAAAUGGAAACAUUUAAUGAUGACAGUAAGUUCAUUCUGGAAAGGUUAGGAUAUGGUAAAUUAAUGAAUUUUACUAAAAAAAAUCCAAACAGAAGAGGUAAAGAGGAAAUUUUCAUGCUUGCUAAAUAUAAUUUAAGCUUUAAAAACAGUAGUUGUUUCAACCAUAAAUUAAUUGCAAACAGAUUGUGGUCAGUUUUUCAGAUGAAUGGGUUUCUUUCCAAAGAGUUAACAUUUCCUUUUGAAAUGUUUAAAGAUGAAAUGUUUUACAACAAAACGGGUACAACGGCCGUAUUUUUAAGCUAUGCUUUUAAGGCUUUAGAUUAUACAAAAAUCUCUAACAUUAAUCUGGGUGUCCAGAAAUAUCAAUUUAUGAUAAAUGCAUACAGGACUAUACCAUUGUCACUCCUGUAUAAAGUUCAGAAAUUAUUCCAACUUGACUUUGAAUUAUUUGGCUAUGAUGCAGAACCCAUUGAUAUAUUUUCGUGGCAAUGAUAUUAUUAACGCUGUAUUGUUUGAUGAUUAGAAACUGUAUAAAACAUCAACUUCUCACUUAAAUAAUUAUGGUAUCCGUCAUAUGAAACUAACAAAAUUGAUACAUCGAUUUCUUUGAGAUCUCGGUCGCUAUUUCUUAAUUGUGGAUAAAUCAUCACUAUCUUUUAUAAUCAAAAAGCUUGAUUCGAGACGAAUGUAUAUUUAAUAUCAAAACAUUUUAUUUGAUCAAGCUAAAGACACUCCUGUUGCAUAUGGGAAGUAUUUUAUUCGGCAGUGUAAGCUUGAUGAAUUAUAACAGGAUCUACCAAUGCGAAUUAGGAAGCGAGAUGUAUACUCAGGAGGCCGGAUUUACGAAAUACAACCUUUAAAUAUUCAGUGCGUAUUAAGGACUUAAUUUACAAAUAUUGCUUUGUUUUUAGUUCAGUCAAAACGUUUUGAAUAAUAAAUAGAAUAUAAUGCGCAAAUAUCGUCGUCAGAUUCAAAUUUAUCAACUACUUUCCUAUGAUACAGGACUAAAGA